ACGCAAACUCAAGAAACAGAAUCGCACGCAGAGAGAGAGAGAGAGAGAGAGAGAGAGGCAUGAGAACGAGAAGAGGAGCUUGGUAUUCUCCACCGGAUGCAUGUUCGGAGGACGCGGCGGCGGCGGCGGUGAAGAGGCCGCGGGACGUCGCCGGAGACCAGGCGGGGUGCUGCCGGAGGAGGCAGAGACUGUCUUCCGGCGGGGCCUGCGAUGCCUUCGACGCGUUGCCCGACGACCUCUUGAUUUGCAUCCUCUCCAAGCUCAGCGCGUCCGCUUCGUCCCCUUCGGAUCUCAUCAGCGCCUCGCUAACGUGCAGGAGGUUUAAUUCAUUGGCCGUCCAUUCGCUUGUCUUGUCCAAAGCUUCGUCGAAGUGCCUCGCCGUCGGGGCUACGAACUGGUGCGACUCGGCUCACCGCUUCUUGAAGCUGUGCGCCGAUUCCGGCAAUAUGGAGGCCUAUUACAUUCUCGGCAUGAUUCGGUUCUACUGUUUACGGAACCGAGGGAGCGGAGCUUCUCUCAUGGCGAAAGCCGCGAUUAACUGCCACGCGCCGGCGCUCUACUCUCUCGCCGUAAUCCAGUUCAACGGCAGCGGCGGCUCCAAGAACGACAAGGACCUCCGAGCCGGCGUCGCCCUCUGCGCGCGCGCCGCCUUCUUGGGCCACGUCGACGCGCUCCGCGAGCUCGGCCACUGCCUCCAGGACGGCUACGGCGUCCGCCAGAACGUCGCCGAGGGGCGCCGGUUCCUCGUCCAGGCGAAUGCGCGCGAGCUGGCCGCCGUGCUCUCCUCGGCGGCCUUCCCCACCCGCUCCUUGCUCGCGUGGAACCACCCCCACCACGACGCCGACGCGCGCCGCGCGGCGGCCGCGGCGGCGGCCUGCCCGUUGCUCAGCGACUUCGGGUGCAACGUGCCGGCCCCGGAGGUGCACCCGGCGAACAGGUUCCUGUCGGAGUGGUUCGCGGCCCGUGGCUGCGCCGGCUCCGGCACCGGCUCCGCCGGGGACGACGGCGGCCUGAGGCUCUGCUCGCACGCCGGGUGCGGGAGGGCGGAGACGAGGAGGCACGAGUUCCGGAGGUGCUCGGUGUGCGGGGUGGUGAACUACUGCUCCCGCGCGUGCCAGGCGCUGGACUGGAAGCUGCGCCACAAGUCCGAGUGCGCCCCGCAGGAGCGCUGGAUCAACGACGGCGACGGCGACGGCGACGGCGAGAAUGACGGAGUUGGUGCGGCUGACGAUGAUGUCAUGGCCGUGAGUUGACGGCGGUUGCGCUGCUCUCUUUACUUUUUUUCCCUCUUCGUUUUUUAACCCCCCUCUGAAAUUCUCCCUUUUUCGGGAUUACGGGGGGGUUAGGUUUUAGCCUUUUCGUUUUUUUUUUCCCCUUCUUUUGGGUAACGGAAAAACGAGAAAAUGAGGGCAAUUUUGGUGGAAAAGGAAAAGCAGAAAGAAAAAGGGGAAGUGGCGUGAAUUUUUGUUACGGCGGUCGCGAGGGACGAGCAACUUUUCAGUCUCUUCUUGUA